AUGCGUCUGUCGGAUAUUGCCGCCAAAUACAGAAUGUCAAGGUCGACAAUCUCGACGAUUUUAAAGCUAAAGGAGCAGCUUAAAGAAGCUAAUGUUUCGAAAGGAGUGAGUACUUUAACAAAGCAAAGGCCUAAAAUAAAGGAAGAAGUAGAAAAGUUGUUGCUUGUGUAUAUAAACGAGAAGCAGUUAGAAGGUGUUAGCAUCAGUGAGUCGUUCAUUUGUGAGAAGGCGCUGACAACCUACGAAGAUUUGCAGAAGAAAACCCCAGGGACAAGUGCUGCGAGGAAUUUUGUUUUCAAAGCCAGUCGAGGCUGGUUUGAGAAAUUUAGGCACAGAACAGGCAUCCACUGCGUCACAAGGCACGGGGAGGCAGCGAGUUCUGACAAGGCAGGGGCCGAGAAGUUCGUACAAGAAUUCAGACAAAUCAUAGAAGAAGGAGGUUACAUACCGCAACAGGUUUUUAACGCGGAUGAGACAGGACUGUUUUGGAAGAAGCUGCCGAAUAAAACGUACAUUACGAAGGAGGAGAAAGCACUGCCAGGGCACAAGUCUAUGAAAGAUAGGCUAACUCUUCUAUUGUGCAGUAACGCCAGUGGGGAUUUGAAGCUGAAGCCGCUUUUUUGCCCCGACUGUGAAAGAAUACCUACAGAAGAACACCUGUCCCUCAAAUGCCUUCUGCUGGAUAAUGCUCCAGCACACCCUCCAAAUCUCAACGAGUAUUUAGAAGGCGAGUUCGAUUUUGUUCAUGUGCGCUAUCUGCCACCAAACACAACCCCUUUGCUGCAGCCUAUGGAUCAACAGGUCAUUUCAAACUUCAAAAAACUGUACAAGAAAGCCUUAUUCAAAAAGUGCUUCGAUGUAAGGAAUGAUACCAACUUAACUCUCAAGGACUUCUGGGAGAAUCAUUUCCACGUUUUGAAUUGUGUUCAUCUUAUUGAUAGCGCUUGGAACCAAGUGACCUACCGUACGAUGAAUUCAGGAUGGAGGAAACUCUGGCCUGACUGUGUGCCAGAGCGAGAUUUUGAAGGAUUCGAACAAGACAUUGUUGAUGACAUUGUUUCCCUGGGCCAAAGCAUAGGGUUGGAAGUGGAUAAUGACGAUGUUGAAGAGCUUGUGGAGGAGCACGAUAACGAACUCACUACUGAAGAGUUGCAGCACCUUCAGGCUGAGCAAGAAAAGAAUUUAGCUGAGAAUAUAUCUUCGGAGAGGGAGGAAGAAGGGAAGGAGGAAUUCCCAAGUUCAAUGAUUAAAGAAAUCUGGUUCACAAGGGAAAGUUUGCUGCGCCACACGGGUAUCGAACCCAAGCGCCCCUCAGAUCAGAUGCCGGCGGUCUUAGCACUGUUUCCACAGCUUGUGGAGACAACUACUGACUACAUGUACUUCAUAGUUGACUUCAGCAUUGUGAUAUACCCAAUAUACACUCAGUGCACUCAGUACUGCUAA